AUGUGGACAUAUACGACUCUAAUUGUCAUUAUUCAAACUAUUGGUUUGCAUCAUACUUAUGCUAGGCUGGGUCAGAUUUUUGAAGAUUUCGCUUGCCGAUCAACUAAUGUAAUAUGUGGAACAAAUAUGAUAUUUGUACCAAUUAUACGAUUUAAUAAUUCAAAAAAUUUAUUUAAUUCUCAAAAAUGCAUUCAGCGUUGUUCAUGCAUAACUGAUGAAUAUGAAGAGAAAAAUGGCAACUGUGUUGAAAAAAUUCACGAUUCAGAUGAGCAGAACACCAAUUGUAUACGUGGAAAUUGUACGCUUAUGAAAGAAAUUACUGAUUUUGAUUGUUUAUUAGAAGGGCUCUUCUGCGGCACAAAUAAGUGUGAAAACAAUGCAUGCAAAAUUGGUGAAACAAUUCUCGAUAUCGGUUGCAAUUUAACGGGAAAUAUAUGUGCAAUGCAUGCAUUAUUCAUUCCCAUUUCUCAAGAAGAGCCUUAUUCAUCAAUGGUACCUCGAAACUGUAUUCAGCGAUGCACUUGCGAAAGCAUUAAAUAUGUCGACAAAUUAACUCACUGCGAGGAAAAGAUAGAAGUUGCGAAACAAACUGAAAUACACAACUUUGCUGAAUUUUGUCCAAAAGUUUAUUAUAAUCUUGGAGAGGAGAUUGCUGAUAUUGGAUGCAGAUUGGCUGGCCAAAAGUGCGGAACUAAUAUGAAAUUUGUUCCUAUGGAGACUCUGAAGGCUGCCAAGAAUCAAAGCCACACUAUAGGGUGCAUUUUACGAUGUAGCUGUGAAGAAAAUUUUGAAUAUAUCAAGCAAAAUGAACAAUGCAUAAGAAAAUGGUACUGCGAUGGAGGAUUUUGUCAGCUUAAGAGGAAAAUUUAUGAUUAUGGCUGUAAACUUACUGGUUUGGAAUGUGGUAUUAAUAUGAAAUUUGUUUUUAUACGAGAAGUUAGUGACGAGAUUUGUAUUCAAAAAUGUAAAUGUGCAAGCGAGGAAUUCGUAGAAAAAAAUGGAAAAUGUGAAGAUAAAAAAAAAAAGCCGAAUAUUUCUCGACAUACUUCGAUGCAAAAAUUUCUUAAAGUUGGCCAAAUUUUGGAAGAUUUCGGAUGUUUAUCAAUUAAUAGUGAAUGUGGAAGUAAUAUGGUUUUUCGUCCAAUUGUCCGAUUUUAUAAUAUAUCUUUCUCGUUACGGCAAGAAAAAUGUUUUCAACGUUGUAAUUGUAAGAAUAACUACGACGAAAUAAAUGGUCUCUGCAUUGAACGGAUUAAUAUAGAUGAGGAAAAUGAAGGGAAUCGACGAUGCUUUGAAAAUGAAAUCUGCAAACUAGGCGAUAGAGUAAACGAUGAGGAAUGUCAAUUGACUGGUGUGAAAUGUGGUGCGAACAUGGUUUUUAUUCCAACUUCUAUUGCGAUGACUAAUCGAUGUGUUCAAUACUGCGUCUGUGAUAAUGAGUCUAUGGUAGCAGAUGAUAAAUGUAUUAAGAGAAAUGCACUUAAUCUACGCCAUGAAGAUGAAAAUCAAAAUAUAACACAAGAGGGAAUGCAGAAAAAUCAUGAAAAUAUUGUUCUCAAUUGUAUGCGUGGAAAAUGUAAACUUAUGGAAGAAAUUUCGGAUUUUGGAUGCACGUUGAAAGGACGUCUAUGUGGUCGAAAUAUGGUCUUCAAAACAAUUUCUAAUGAAAUCAAUCCAAAAUUCAAAAGUAAAAAAUGUGUUGUGAAAUGUGUUUGUGCAGUUGGAUUUUAUGAAAAAAAUGAUCGAUGCAUUCGGCUGAAUAAUUCUUCUAAUAUGACCGAAGAAAAAGUGCGUACAUUUAGCGAAAGAUUGUUUGAUGCUGAUUGCAUUUUAAGCGGAAUCGAAUGUGGUAUUAAUAUGAUAUUUAUAACCGUCCAAAAAUUUUAUCCAUCUUCAUCAUGCAUUCAAGAAUGUCACUGCAAGAGCGGAUUCGAAUUCGAUAGCAAAUUGUCUCUUUGCAAAAAAAGUGCUAACGAUCAUUGCCCGCAGCCCUAUGAAUUUGGACAGGAGAUCGUUGACUAUGGCUGUCAUUUAACUGGUGAAAAAUGUGGAAAAAAUAUGGUUUUUACUAUUGCACAAAAAUUCACUCCAUUAAACAAUAGUGUUAAAUGUAUUCAGCGAUGUAGCUGUGAAGAUGGUUACAUGGAAGAAUUCGGAGAAUGUAUUAAAGUGUGGUAUUGCGAAGGAGGCUAUUGUAAACUUGGAAGGAAAUUUUUCGAUUAUGGUUGUGUGUUUACUAGUUUCACUUGUGGUACAAAUAUGAAAUUCAUUACUGAACGAAAAGAGGAAAAAACUGAUAUAUGUAUUCAGAGAUGUAAUUUCAUUAUUAGUCAAUAA